UUAUCUGAUUUACUAGAGAAGUUCUGAAUCCUGCCGUAUUGUGUCCUAUUUGUGAUGUUGCAGCCUCCUUUUUAGGAACAAAGAAUGGCAGAGAUCACUGGUGCCCAGCAGAUGGCAGUAAAUUCCAAAGACUUUGGAAAUCAAGUGUGUGCACAGGGCACAUUCUUCCACAGGCAAAGGGUAAGCUCUGUGCCUGGUGUGACCUCUCCAGUGGGAAUAAAAUCACAUUUCUGCAUGUUGGUCAUAGGUUGAAGUCUGAUGGUGUUUCAUCUUUGCAAGUUCUCCUUUGAGGCUAAGGACUGCCUCCAGAACAUGUUGGAAUGUCACAUAUGUCCUUUCAUUACAUGAAAGUGGGCAACUUGUGUGCAUGGCUGUUACGACCUGACAGCCCACCUCCCAAAGCUCUCUUUUUCCCUUCCUAACUUUUCACUCAUUGCAUAGUCUUCCUUAAUGACCUGUGACUGCCAUACUUUUAAGAGCCACAAUAUCCAUGUGAUGUGAUGAACAUAUGUGUUGUUUUCUGGUUAUAGCACACGGCUGCUGAAACCAGAAUUGCAAGUCUUGAAGUGAGACCUUUCUUCCCUGUAAUUACCGAGGAAGGCCAGGAGAUGGGAGGGAAGCACUUUGCGGCAGCCACUGUGCCUUUUCUUGCAUUUUCCCUCAAUUCCUUCAGUUCCCAAGAGCCCUUUGCUCAGCUCCUGUUCUUGGAAAAGAUGAGGCAGGCCAACGGUAGAAUUGAAGUGAUUGUGGAAUAAAUAUUUGUAAAGCUCUGAGAUGUUAAGUUAAUUCUGAUAGUAACAUUGCUUUGAUGGGCCUGUCUCAAAUUCCCAAACCCUUGUCAAAAUUUCAGGUCUAGAGGAAGGAGUCUAAUCCCUUAGAGUGGUUUAUGAUCUGAUGUCUCUGUUUACUCCAAUUCUCAAACACUCCAUAUUUUUUAAACUGUUUUCCGAAUAAAGUACGUGCAUACAUUUUCUUCUUUUCCCAGUUCAUUGGCAGUAUUAAACUAAAACUGAAGAUAAAGGAGCAGCAUCCAAAGAUAAAAGUUUUGUGAAACUAGGUAUCCAAGCAGCCAAAAGACAACAGUGGCCAAAAAUGUUAACAGUACCAUUUUCUUUACACCUGUGCUGGUAUGUAAAGAAUGAUUUGGGGGCCAUUGCUAAUUUCUGAAGACCAAUUGCUGAGCAAUUGUUUUCCUCGCUAGAUUUUUUUUUUAAUUACCUUAGAGGUAAGUGAUGGUAGAAUGUGGCAACAAAAAGGAUUGUGCCCCUGUUUGUAAAUGCUUGUGAUUCGUAGUAUAUCCCUUCAAUCUGUGUACUUCGAUGCUGCUGCUUGCUGUACAUCAGUCAGUGGGAAGCACCUUUAAAUCUAUAGUACGUUAUGAUGCUACAAAGUACAUGUCUCCUUGUUACCACAGCCACAUACUAGCUAAAAGUGCAGACAGAAGUGUGCAAGACUCAAGUCUAACUGAUCCACUCUUUUUAUGACAUGGAUCACAACUCUGGAGGACAAGUCUCGCGAGGAGCAGCUGAGGGAGCUCGGGGGAGGGGUCGGGAGGGGUUCAGCCUGGAGAAAAUAGUUUGGAUGUAACCUGCUUCAAAGGAGGUUGGAGCCAGGUGCGAGUCGGCCUCUUCUCCCAGGAAACAGGAUGUGAGGAUGUGGCCUUAAGCUGCUGCGUGGGAGGUUCAGGUUGGAUAUCGGGAGAAAUUUCUUGGCAGGGAGGAUGAUUAGACAUUGAAAUGGUCUGCCAAGGGAAGCGAUGGAGUCACUGUACCUGGAGAUGUCUAAGGGAAGAUUGAACAAUGAUACUCACAGUGGUAUUUGGUCAUAGGUUGGACUCGAUCUGAGAGGUGUUUUCCAACCUAAUUCAUUCUGUGACCAUCUGAAGCACUAACAGCCCUUAGCAUCGCUAGAAGCAGGCACUGGAUGAUUUUGGAGGUGAUCUGACAGCGUAAGGAGUGGUUUUUAACCGCUUCUAGAUAAUUUUUAAACCACCUUUUCCUCUGAUCGUGUAUUUUUGGAUUGUUCAGUACAACACAGAAGGUGCAAUGUAACAUUGUUCCGAGAGAACUGUGUGUCUUUUCGUCUGUAGGUGUGCACCCAGAAGCUAUGCGUUUUCAUUCCCGGUGCCCGCAGCUCUCUCCGUUCCGGGUACUGCGCGUCAUCACCCGGGCGGGGAGCGCGAGCCGAGCCCACACCCGCAGCCCUGGCCGCUUCCUCGUCACAGCCCGCCCGCCGCUCAGCGCCUCUCCGGCCGCUCGCAGCCAAUGGCAGCUCAGGACACAAACGCGCCGGCGUGUGUCCGGAGCGCGGAUUGGUUGGUCCAGUUUGCGCGGGCGCGGCUUGGCAGGGGGGCGGUGCCGGAGCCGUGAGGGAGAGGUCGCCAUGCUGCGGGAGCUGCGGCGGCGCUGGCGCUCCUAUAGGUACCGCUUCGUACCCUGGCUCGCCCUCAACUUCCGCCGCCAGCGCAGGACGCUUCGAUAUGUUCCUGAAGGCUCUCAAGACAAAAUUAUUGCUGAUGAAGAUGUCUUUGAAACACUACUGAAAACAUUUAAAGCUCUGUUCAUAAAUGACUUCAGUAAACAAGCAGAUAUUCUGGCCUUACUUCCGGAAGUCAAGUGCCAAUAUCUGGAAUUACUUACUGUGGAGCAGAAGCGGUUGAAAGUAAAUUCUUGUAACCGUCAGGGUCAGCACAUAUUUAGUCCUGAGGAAGUUUUGUUUAACACACUUGGGUUCACUGUUAGCAGAGACAGGAGUUCGCUGGUGUCUGCUGGAACUGGAGUCUUUGUUACCAAAGGUUUUGUACCGAAAGGGACGGUUGUGUCUAUGUAUCCUGGUACAGUAUACAGAAAGCAUGAGCCCAUCUUUUUCCAGUCCCUUGGCAAUCCCUUUAUUUUUAGGUGCAUUGAUGGUGUGUUUAUUGAUGGGAACGAUAAAGGACUGUCAAGAUCAGUGUACAGGUCUUGCAGCAGAAGAGAUCAACUUGGCCCUUUUCAAAUGAGUGAUGAGAGCUGGCUCACAGCCACCCUGCAAAACCCACUGGCAGUGGGACAGUACGUCAACAACUGCUCACAUGAAAAAACGGCAAACGUGUGUUACCAAGAGUUUGACGUGCCAGGACAUUUUCCAGUAGAAUUGAAACAAUAUCUUCCAAACAUCGCCUACAGCCAUGACAUAGAGAGCCACUUGAGGUGUGUAGUUCUUGUCACUCUCAGAGACAUCAAGCAAGGAGAAGAACUUUUUUCAAAUUACUAUACUGUUGUCAGCUGAAUUAAUAGAUUCAAAACUGAAGAAAUCUGUGUCAAUAAAAUAUGUAUGGUGCCUGUA